AUGGAAAUCAACCCUCCAUGUGGUGAACAUUUAUAUGAUGAGGAUGGGAAAAAGCUUCCUCCAUGCAUCCCUGGUGCCUGGCUCACACCGGCUAUUAUGGCCUGUUAUCUUCUUGUGGCAAACAUUCUUCUGGUCAACUUGCUCAUUGCAGUCUUCAACAACACCUUCUUUGAAGUUAAGUCCAUUUCCAACCAGGUGUGGAAAUUCCAGAGAUAUCAGCUGAUCAUGACUUUCCAUGACCGUCCCAUCCUGCCUCCACCUCUCAUCAUCUUCAGCCACCUCUACAUCCUUUUCAGCAGGCUGUUUCGGCAGUGUGCCAAGAAGAAGCAGGAGGGAGAGCUUGAUGAGAAGGACCGAGGCCUCAAGCUUAGGCUCAAUCCAGAGGAGCUAAAAAAUCUGUACGAGUUUGAGGAACAGUGUGUGGAGGAACACUUCCGUGAGAAAGAGGACGAGCAGCGGUCCUCCAGCGACGAACGCAUCAAGGUUACCUCAGAAAGAGUGGAGAAUAUGUCCAUGCGUCUGGAGGAGGUAAAUGAGAGAGAGAAUACAAUGAAGGCCUCCUUGCAAACAGUGGAUCUGCGCCUGGCCCAACUGGAAGAGAUCCAUGGGCGAAUGGCUGUCGCCUUGGAAAAACUUGCAGGGGUGGACAGAUUAGAACUAACAAGAACCUAUUCACGAAACUCCUCUAUGUGUGACCCUUCCUCCCUCCUUCGCCAGGGCAGUAUUAACAGCGCUGAUGGUUACAGCCUUUACCGCUUCCACAUGGACAUGGAGGAGUUUGCAUCAAAGCAGAAAGACACAGAUGAAACAGCAAAAACUGGUGUAGAAAGACAGAGGAGUUUGCGGCAGACCUCCAGUACUCUCAACACAAAGGAAGGUGGUCAGAACUUAGAAGUUGCUGGUUUGGCAAGACUGCGACCCAGUUCAUGUGUAGACAUUCUCAUAUCGCCAUGUGAAAAGCUUGUUUCUGAAGCAUCAAGUCAAGAGACCAUAAACAACAUAAAACAGGGCAGCACGGUGCUGCCAGACAUGAACAGACUAAAGCCUAUAACCCCUCCAAAAAGGACAAAAUCCUUGACAUACUAUCCCGUUGAAGACCAACCCAUGUCUCCUCUGAUAAAGAGGAGGUCUAUGAGCACCAUUAUUAUCAGUCCUCCUGAUGAACCAGAGGAAGCAGCUGAAACCACAGAAAAGACCCAACUGAACCCCCUUUUCUCCAAAGAGGGCUAAAUCCUUUAAACAUGCCCCUACUGAAACCCAAAGUCAGACUUCAGCUGCCGCAAAAAAGAGAACUAUGAGCAGCAGCAUUUACAGCCCAGCCAAGGCAGGUGAUGAUAUGCUGCAAAAUGCAGACCAUGGGUCAGUGAUGAAUGCAAAGAGAAACUUCUCAGACACUAGUGAGUAUCUGACUGUAACUGAUGAAAAGAAUUUUCCAUCUCACAGCUCACAGAGCUGGAAUACCAGUGAGAGGAAAGCAAAUUGCUCGAUGGUCAGCAAGGAGCAGAGAACCUCUAGCAGUGAGAAAGACAUUGUUGAAGCCUGCAAGAUGUUAGCUGUCAGAAGGGAAGAUGAGGGACAGAAGAUGGAGACAGAGAAAAGAGAUGACGAUGCACAGGAAAAGAAAUAAGAGCCACAAAGAGAGGAGGUUGAUGAAAGCAGCAACAGAGGUCAACAAAAUAAAAUGAGGAAUAAAUAUGAGGAAGAGGAAGUGAAUGCUACCAGUUAAACUAUGAAAUGUAAGUUUAUGAAACUGUUUUCCCAAUAAUGAUUUAAAAAAAAUACAGAAUGACAGUAAUGAAAAAUAUUUCCAAACUCUUCAAUAUUUGCAGUUAAUAGUAGUCAUCACUACAGAGUAGUGAAAACCAACAUAAAUCUCGCUGUUAAACAUUCA